CUCUUUGCCCCCCUGAGGUGAAAGGACACACAGCAACAGCCAAGAUGACAACAUUACGACCGUUUACCUGCGAUGAUUUGUUUAAAUUCAACAAUAUCAACUUGGAUCCUUUGACAGAAACUUAUGGGAUCCCAUUUUACCUCCAGUAUCUGGCUCACUGGCCGGAGUACUUCAUCGUUGCAGAGGCUCCUGGUGGUGAACUGAUGGGCUACAUCAUGGGGAAGGCGGAGGGAUCUGUGGCUCGUGAGGAGUGGCACGGUCACGUCACUGCUCUGUCCGUCGCUCCGGAGUUCAGGAGACUCGGCCUCGCAGCCAAACUCAUGGAGAUGCUGGAGGAGAUCUCAGAGAGGAAAGGUGGAUUCUUUGUUGACCUCUUUGUGCGAGUCUCCAACCAAGUGGCGGUGAACAUGUACAAACGUCUGGGCUACAGCGUCUACAGGACGGUGAUAGAAUAUUACUCAGCCAGCAACGGAGAACCUGACGAAGACGCUUAUGAUAUGAGGAAAGCUCUGUCCAGAGACACAGAGAAGAAGUCGAUCAUCCCGCUGCCACAUCCUGUCAGACCAGAGGACAUUGAAUAACAGUAGACUGUGGCUCUCUGACACUCUCACACUGCCUUUAUCCUCAUAAUCAGAUGUGAAAUAUGUGUAAUAACUACAGGACCUGCUCAGUUACAUUGUACAUAGAUAAACUGUCACAGAUGCUGCUUCCCCAUUUGUCAAAGCUUAAUAAUAGUCAGAGAGCCACGCUUGUACAAAUUUUGAUAUUUAAAAAUCUGAAAUUCUAAAUUCAGCUUCAUUUCCUGUAAAUUCUAAAUUUGCUUAAGAAAUGACACAAGAAGCCGGUUUGAAUUGACGUGUGUGUAAUGGCACAGUGGCAAAGAAAACAUGGUCAAACAAUAAAGACUGCUCAUGA